AUGAGGCGAACCCCGUGCCUCCCGUUCCUGCACCCGUACUCGUGGAAGCCCGCGGGUCGGCCCAAUCCGGUCUACCUGCGCUUCUUCCACUUGGCCCGGCAGCAGGAGCUGGAGCAGGCCAAUGCCCUCAAGUACCCCCGCCUCCAACCCAAUGGCCGACCCAUGCGCGUCCCCGACUUCCGCAAGAAGUACGCCGACGUCCAACACGGUGACGUCGCCGAGGAGGAGGUGACGCUACACGGUCGUGUCGACUCGAUCCGUCGCGCCAGUUCUAAGCUCGUCUUCCUCCAUCUGGAGAGCGAGUUUGAGCGAACUCAGGGCGUCUGCAACUUUGGCAAGUUCGAAGAUGGGACCAGCGUUGACGCGUUGAAGGACCUUGCCGCGCUUCUUAAGCGAGGAGAUAUCAUAUCAAUCAAAGGGAAAGCCAUCCGUACGUCAACUGGCGAGCUCUCCAUCCAGGCGACCCACCUCCCCAAGAUCUUGACCCCGAGCAUUAUCCCGCUCCCUACCAAGCUCAUCGACGAGGAGUCCCGCAUGCAGCAUCGGCAUAUAGAUAUGCUCGUGAAUCCUCGGACGAGGGAUAUCCUGCGGUUGCGGUCCUAUCUCACCAAGUACCUGCGCGAUUUCUUGCACGAGCGGGACUUUCUCGAAUUCCAGACCCCCAUCCUGGCUGGAGACGCCGGCGGCGCCAAUGCCCGCCCUUUUACCGUCUCAGCCAAGACAAUAUCCAGGGACGUCUCUCUUCGGAUCGCCCCUGAGCUCUGGCUCAAACGCCUCGUUGUGGGCGGGGUGGACCGCGUUUUCGAGCUCGGCCCAGCUUUUCGCAACGAAGGCAUCGACCAAACCCACAACCCCGAAUUCACCAUCUGCGAAUUCUACCACGCCUACGCCAACCUCCAGGACCUGAUCUCCCUCACCGAAGACCUCAUCCGCGGCGCAGCCGCCCAUUGCCAAAAUCUCAUCUCCACUAAACUCUCCACCCUCCCUCCCAUCGACCUCCCCGCCUUCGAACGCCCUUUUCAACAAGCCGAAUUCAUUCCCAGCCUCGAAGAAUCCCUCGGUUUCACCCUCCCCACGCUCACCUCCCCCACCGCCCUCCCAGACCUCCUAUCCCUCCUCAAACAACACAACAUCCCCCUCGACCAAACCGCCGCCUCCGCUCCCGACCUAGCCCACCUCCUCGACCACCUCGCAGCAACCUACAUCGAGCCGCGCUCGGCGCACGCCCCGCUCUUCAUCACCCACCACCCGGUCUGCAUGUCCCCGCUCUCCAAGUCCUUCACCUGCCCGCGCACCGGCCAGGCCGUGUCGGCCCGCACCGAGCUCUUCAUGGCCGGCCGCGAGCUGGCCAACAUGUACGAGGAGGAGAACGACCCCUUCGAGCAGCGCCGCAAGUUUGCCGAGCAGCUGGCCGCCAAGACCAAGGGCAAAGCCGCCGACGUCAGUGGUGGUGGUGAUGGUGAUGUGGGGGAGCCGGCAUCGGAUGGGGGCGCUAUCGACGAGAGCUACGUGCGCGCGCUGGCGAGCGGCCUACCCCCGACGGGGGGGUGGGGCUGUGGCGUGGAGAGGCUGGUUAUGCUGUUUGGCGGGACGAGGCGGAUUGGGGAUUGUCUGAGCUUCGGGACGUUGAGGAACGUCGUUGGGUUGUCGUCUGCUGCUUCUGCCGCGUCUGCCGCGUCUGUCGGGAAGGGAUUUGAGGGGUCGGUGCUGGGGCCGGGGACGGGGGAGAAGCAAGGGAGCUCGUCGUCUGCCGGCGUGCAGUGA